AUGCCCUACACACUGAGCAACAGGCGUGUCCUCGUCACUGGUGGCAGCCGAGGGCUGGGGGCGCGCAUAUGCCAACAGUUUGCACGAGAAGGCGCUCAUGUGAUGGUCAACUACGUUUCCAACGAGAAUAGAGCUCGCCAGGUCGUGGACAAGGUGCAGAGUUUUGGAGUGAAGGCAUUCAUGGUUCAGGGAGACGCGGGAAAUGCCGACCACAAUGCUCGCAUCGUCAAGGAAACGGUGGAGAAGCUAGGCGGGCUGGAUAUCAUUGUGGCUAACGCCGGAUGGACGAGGCUCAGCGACUUUGGCGAUCUGAACGCAUUGAGCUUGGAAGAGUGGAACAAGGUCUUCUAUUCUAUCGUCGAAUCUUGUGGUCUUUCACGAAGCAUCUUCACUGACAGGGGUUCCACGCAGAGCGGAAGUAGCAUGGCGUAUGCGGUCAGCAAAGCAGCGGGCCUGCAUCUGAUGAAAUGCAUCGCCGCGACGCAAGGUCCCAAACUGCGGAUGAAUGCCAUCUUACCCGGUCAGCUCUUGACAGAAUGGGUACGCAUGCCCUUGAAAGGCUUUCCUGGUGCGUCUCUGGUUUCUAACCUGUUUCUUCAGGGCUUGCAAUUUACGGAAGAGCAAAUUGCUCAGGAGCAAAACGACUCUGUUUUGAAACACGAGGUUUGCCUUUCUUCCAUCAGUAUAUGUUCGGACACGAGGUCUUACACACUGUGA